UCAGAGAGGAAAAUGUUUUUUUUGUUGUUUGUUCGUAUAGCGCCAUGAUACGGUAUGCAUCAGAAGUACCAUGUAAAUCAGUAAUGGACUCAUUGUUUGGCACUUUACUGUAAUUUGUUUUCUAAUUCUUUGUAUUUGUGGUGAUUUGUGGUACCUGUGGGACCGUUGUUACCUGGUGGCACCUUUGUGGUGGACAGUGAGUUAUGCUUUAAUGCAGUAUGGCCACUGAAGAAGGGAACCGCAAUCCAAUGUUACAAUCGACGGAGGAGAGUAGCCAAAACGUGAGUACAUCGCAGCAUGCUGGAAACAGCAGAGAAUCCAGUGCGCCUAGACCACAGGAACAGCAGAGUAGUAGGCAGAACAAUCUGCAGAGGAUACAACACAGAAAACAACAAAUGUUGAAUUUGCCACAGAUGAAGAAGAUAUUAAAAAUCGCGACGUACAGUGCUUGUAAAAUUGAGGAGUGCAAGUGUCCCGGAUGGAAGAAUCCACAAAUAUUAACUAAGCUCAAGACCGAUACCCAGCAGCCGCCUGUGAUAAACUUCUUCGAUCCCUGCAAGAGUUGUACCCACGUCUUAGAGAACCAUGUCUCGCAUUUGACCAAUCAGUCGGAGGAAGAGAUUAAUAAAUUGUUGUGUAUGGUCAUAGAUGCCGACAACAUUUUUUUAGGAUUACAGAAAGAAGAGGAUCCUGACACGAAGAAAGUUUAUUUCUAUUUGUACAAACUUUUAAGGAAAUGUAUACAAUCCAUGACCAAGCCUACGAUAGAAGGUCCUUUGGGACAGCCGCCUUUCGAGAAGCCGAGUAUAGCGAAAGCAGUGAUGAACUUUGUUGCUUAUAAGUAUGGACAUUUGUCGCAACGAGACAUGCAAGCUAUGUGCGAUAUGGCAAAAAUGUUCCUGCACUGCUUAAAUCACUGGAACUUUGAUCCUCUGAAUGCCAGAAGGGGUACGAUUACUCCCGAGGAAGCUCCGGCGUAUAAAAUCAAUCACACUCGUUGGUUGGUGUUUUGUCACAUACCAGCGUUUUGUGAUUCGUUACCUCAAUACGAUACGUCUCUCGUUUUCGGCCGUACGUUCGUCCAAGCAGUCUUCAAGCCAGUUUUCCGACAACUGCUCGACAAAUGCCACAGCGAACGCGACAAGCUAGCACCGGAAAAGAGAGUAAUAGUUUUGACACACUUCCCAAAAUUCUUGUCGAUGUUAGAAGCGGAAAUUUACUCAAACAGUUCACCGAUCUGGGAUCCAGACUUUAAACAAGUACCGCCGACGUACUUGCAAUCUGCGUUGGAGUUGAAAGUGACUCCAGGAAGGAAAACUGGUGAAUUUGAGAAAGUAACAGUCCCACCGAAUGACAAGGACAACUACACGACGAUCAAUAUAAGUCCUGGAAUAAAGAAAAUUCACGAGAAGAGAUCUCAUUCCGAGGGUCGUUCGGACGUGAAGAGAAGAAAGAACGAAGAAGUGUUCGAAGAUUUACCGGAGGAGACUGUUUCCGAAAUCGUGGCCACUAUUAACGAUCCUAAUUACAUGUGCGGACCGGACGCUGUCUUUCCACCGAACGUCCCGCGAGACGAGACCGCGAAAAUCGAGGAGAGCAGAAAGAUCAUAGAAUUCCAUGUUGUCGGAAACAGUUUAACGCAGCCUGUUUCGAAACAAACGAUGCUCUGGCUAAUCGGACUGCACAACGUGUUUAGCCAUCAGUUACCGAGGAUGCCCAAGGAAUACAUAUCUCAAUUAGUGUUUGACCCAAAGCAUAAGACACUGGCUUUAAUAAAAGAUGGUCGCCCCAUCGGUGGUAUCUGUUUCCGCAUGUUCCCUACCCAAGGCUUCACGGAAAUAGUGUUCUGCGCUGUUACCAGCCAAGAGCAAGUCAAGGGCUACGGUACACAUUUAAUGAACAUGCUCAAAGACUAUCACAUUAAGAACAACAUAUUACACUUCCUCACGUUCGCCGAUGAAUUCGCGAUUGGAUAUUUCAAGAAGCAAGGGUUCAGUAAAGACAUCAAACUGCCCCGCCCGAUGUAUCAGGGAUACAUUAAAGAUUAUGAGGGUGCAACAUUGAUGCAUUGCGAGUUAAACGCGAAAAUUGUAUAUACGGAGUUCACGGCAGUCAUACGGAAACAGAAAGAGAUCAUUAAAAAGCUGAUUCAUCAAAGGCAGCAAGAGAUACAGAAAGUUCAUCCUGGACUGACGUGUUUCAAAGAAGGCGUCAGGGGCAUUCCAGUGGAAUCUAUACCUGGUAUUCGCGAAACCGGAUGGAAAAGUUACGCUCAAACGAGAACGAGAGGAGUAGCUAAAGGUACUCAAGGGUCGGAACCGAUGGAAGCGUGCUUGGACGUGAACGACUCUUUGUACAACGCCUUGAAGAACGUUUUGAACAGCGUUAAGAACCACAGUACAGCGUGGCCGUUUCUUAAGCCCGUUGAUAAGAACGAUGUGCCAGAUUAUUAUGAUCAUAUUAAAUAUCCAAUGGAUCUGAAAACUAUGACUGAUCGAUUGAAAGCUAGAUAUUACGUGACGAGGAGAUUAUUUAUCGCGGACAUGACACGAAUAUUUACGAACUGUCGAUUUUACAACAGUCCGGAUACCGAAUACUAUCGAUACGCCAACGCCCUGGAAAAAUAUUUCCAAACAAGGAUGAAGGAACUCGGUCUUUGGGAUAAAUAAGAGUUAUAGACUGAAAGUACUUGUUGACUGCUGUAAUUACGUGCUUGGUACUUUGCCCAAUCAUUUGUGAAUACGAAGUUUAAGAAGAGUUGUUCUCGAGGAGCUGUAACAAGUGUAAUAAAAGAGCACAUUUAUUUAUUUA